AUGGGUUCGGUUUCAACUGCUUCGGCGUCGCCGUCUCGGCCACCGACGGGAAACCCACCAGCCAAUUUCAAGAUCUGUGUAUCCUAUUGCGGCAAAGAUGCUUCACAGGGUGUUAACAUGUCUAAUUGGAUUGAUUGUUACGACCCACAAGACAACUCAUGGAAUAGAGUUACUACAAUACCUGGACUUUUGGAAAAUCACGCUCUCAAAGGGUUUUCGAUGGUUUCAAUCGGAGAAUUCAUAUACGUCAUCGGCGGUCGCCUCUGCGAGUACAUGGCGUCAGCUGACAACCAAAUAACGAGAAGCGAACUAGAAGUUCGGCGACAGGUUUUGCGAUACAACAUGCGUGAGAAUAAUUGGUACAAAUGUGCAUCGCUCGUUGUCCCUCGGUUCGACUUUGCUUGCGGUGUGAUCGAUGGCAAGAUUUAUGUCGCUGGCGGGAAAUGCAAGUUAUGCACUGCCACUGGAAUGGCGUCUGCAGAAGUCUACGAUCCAGCGUUAGACGAGUGGAAAUCUCUGCCGGAGAUGAGCACCUCUCGACACAAGUGCGUCGGAGUCAUAUGGCAGGGAAAAUUUCAUGUCGUCGGUGGAUUUGCUGGAAACAAUGACUACAUUGGGAAUAUGGAGAGGAGUUCAGCUGAAGUGUACGAUUGUGAAAGAUCGUGUUGGAAUCUGAUCAUCGGAAUGUGGCAACUUGACAUUCCGCCGUAUCAGAUUGUUGCUGUCGAUGAUAAACUGUUUAGUUCUGGCGACUGUCUAAAUUCAUGGAAAGGGCAGAUCGAAGCAUAUGAUUGGAAUCAGAAUAUUUGGAGUGAGGUCGAUGGGUCUCGAUUUGAAGCUCUGUCGGCGACGAAAUUUGUCACGAUGGCACCUGCUGGAGCUGACUUGUACUUUCUUGCUGGGCGUAGGAUGCCAGAUCAACCGUCUAAGAUGACUUUGGUUGUCCACGUAUUUGACACGUCGGCUAAUGGUGACGCGUGGAGGAGCAUGGAGCCUAUGGAAGAGGAGGGCGAAAAGGAGCUCUGCAGCCAUUGCUGCGUGGUAAUUCUAGGAGAAUAA